AGAAAUGACAGGAAUUGUCAAUGCAACUAUACUUAACUACGAAUAGGAAUUGUCUUCAACUAAUAUUAUAUACAUACUUUAACGCUACAGACGAUUAGUAGAAUAGGGUAUAUAAAUAUGAAGGAAAUUACAUAAUGCGAGAAAAGAAAUUCUGGAUGUAUAUUAUUGGCCCCAGAGAGUCACAGUGACAUUCCAAUUCUGUCUCUGGAUAAACACGAACGCGUGCGUGCAGCCCAACUAAGCGAGGCUUCCUAAUUCUACUCCAACUCAAUCUCUUAUCUGCUAGUGUAGCUUUCUUGUAUUCAAAACAAAUCUAAAGGAAAUAUUUAUGAGAAUUUGGUGUAUUAUGAAUAUUUUAAAUUUUAGUGUUAGCUAAUUAAUUCAAAUUUUAUUAUUUAAUAUAGUAUUGGUUUGUUGUAUAAAUAUAGAUUUCUUCCAAAUCUAGGAAAGGAUUUUCCCAAAUCUGAUCUGUUAACCUUUGAUUCUCAAGCUUGAAACUGAGUUUUUUUUUUUUUUUAUAUUUUAUUUUAUCAAAUUGGUGUCUCAUUUCCCGUACAAUCCCAAUAGUUGAAGAAGAUGGAAGCAAAAUCCUCUGCAGAAACAGUCGCCAAUAGUGUUGACAUACUCGCCGAAAUCCUACUUCGACUGCCUAUUACCCGACUCCUGCGAUUUAAACUCGUUUCAAAACAAUGGCUUUCGCUCAUCUCCGAUCCUAUAUUCAGCCUCUACCACACUCGCUCCCACCUCCUCAACUCUAGUUCCGCCAUUCCCUCUGCUUUGUUUCUCCAUAAUCCCUCCUCCCUUGCCCGUCAAACUCAGCUGCUCUCUCUUACAGACGUUCCCGUACCCUCCAAACUCCCUAAUAUGAAUUCUGGUGCUCCCGUCCGUAUAAAACAGUCCUGCAGCGGGUUGCUUCUUUGCUCUUCCACAACACCGUCCCUCCCCACCAUUGUAGGCGAUGAAACCUACAUCUUCCUCGAUGAUGAUUAUAAUGAUAAUACAGUUGCUACUAGUUAUUUUAUUUGUAAUCCCACCACAAACCAAUUCAAGAUUGUUAAUUUUCCUGUCCCAUUUUGCUAUAGGUAUAAUGUCGCUGCUGUUAUUUUGGCUUUUGAUCCUUUAAAAUCUCGUCACUAUAAACUUCUCUCUCUUCGAUAUUCUUCUUGUAAGACAAAGUUUCAUAUCCAUAGUUAUUCAUCGGAGACUGAUUCUUGGAGUCUGUUACCUCUCAAUAUCAACCUAUCGUCCCUUGUUGAUCACUCCUUUCUCUUUUCUUCUGCCAUUUACUGUAGAGGCGUCGUUCAUUGGCGACCACCUACUAAGGGUCGCGGCACUUGGCUGUGUCUUGAUGUUAAGAGGAAGCUGUUAAAGGAAAUGCCACAGCCUCCUUCAUAUGGAUCAGACAAUAGGAUCGUAAUUCGAUAUUUUGGAGAGUCUGGUGGCCGUUUGCAUCUUGUGAUGGGGGCAUCACUUCAUGAUUUUCACUUUGAUGUUUUAGAGUUGGCUUUGGAUUAUUCUGAAUGGUCAGUGAGGUAUCGCAUUAAUCUUCAGUCUCUGAAAACGGAAUUUCCCUUGCUGGCUUGGCAUUGUCCGUUAUCUCUUUACCCGUUUUCAAUUCUGGGUGUGGUUUGUCCUGGGAAAGAGGAAGAUUCAGUGGUUGUGAUACUUGUAGAUGGUGUAGCCUUGGCCUAUAAUUUCAUUCAUGGCACAUCACUGAAGCUUUAUUAUGUCGAGCCAUGUGAUGUGGUGGACGAUGAUGAAGUGAAUUGUAAUUGGCCUCAUGCAUUUACACACUUCCAGAACAUAUUUCGGUUAUGAACACUUCUACUUGAAUCGAUAUUUCAUUGUUCAUAUUGUUGCUUAAUUAAUGUUAAAUAUCCAAUUGUUUUUAGGUACCUCCAAAUCCUUAAUGGACUAUAUCUUCUUUUUUUUUUUUUUUACAAUUGGGGUUCUCUUUUUUUUUUUUAAUGAUUCGUAAGGUACGUUCAGGUUUGAUCUGUUGCAGUUUGCUUGUUUGCUUGCUAUAUGCAUAUCUAGGGAACUUAAAACUUGUCUUACUCGUGAGCCCGCACAGAGGUACAAUGUAUGAGUGCGAUCCUUAGUAUGUAAAUGCACACAUUUGAUACUUGAUUUUUGAUGGGGACUUCUAUAAAAGAUUUAAGAACUCGUCUUAGAGAGACUCACAACUCAUCAAUCAUAACUCAUCGCGUCUCUCCUCAUUUCUAAGACCACUCCCAUUCCAGAAGUGAAUAUAUUGAUACUACUUCUAUAAAUAUACUUUAUCGAAAAAAAGUUAAUGCUAAUGCAAUCUUUACAUAAUAUUCCUUAAACCCCUACUAAAGAAAAACUUGUCAUUGGUAGAAAUAAGCUGUAACCCAUGAAUGUAGAAGUUUACCAUUCCAAUACCUAAUCUCUAUUUUUCUUAGGGUUUACGGCUGCAUCAAAGUUAACUUUCAUAAAAUGUUGUCCACUCAGUGCUACUACCAAUUGAAUUAAGCAGUUGAGGUUACGUAGCAGAUACGUUGAACUUGCACCGCUGGUUGUUGGACUAAAUGGUCAAGUCCCUGAGAGUGCAAGCUUUCAAAACAAUAAUGCCCCCAGUAUCUGAAGUUGACAAUUCUCGCACUGC